CUGGAAGUCCUUCCAUACCACUCCCUCCCACUCCCGUCUCCUUUCCUCCUCUCCACCUACUUAUACUUCACAACUGCCCCCUCGAUUGUGGCCGCGAUAUCCUCAACAAUCGUCUGAUAGCCUCUGUGCUAUAUCGCCAUAAUGAACGCAACAAUCGCCGCGGCGACAUACUGGGACCAGUACAAUGGCAUCACCCACUACAAUGGCGAGACUCUCAAUGUCUUUGAGCGCCUCUGGGCCGCCUGGUACGCAUACAUGCAGAACGACGUGCUCGCGACUGGAAUCAUGUCCUUCGUGAUGCACGAAGUUGUCUACUUCGGUCGCUCCCUCCCCUGGAUCAUCAUCGACAGCAUGCCCUACUUCAACAAAUACAAGAUCCAAGCAGGCAAAAUUCCAACCGCCGCCGAACAAUGGCACUGCACCAAAAUGGUUCUCCUCUCCCACUUCACCGUCGAGCUCCCCCAAAUCUGGGUCUUCCACCCCAUGGCCGUCUUCUUCGGCAUGGACACCGGCGUCCCCUUCCCGCCCAUGUGGAAGAUCGCCAUGCACAUCGCCAUCUUCUUCGUCUUCGAGGACGCCUGGCACUACUGGACCCACCGCGCCAUGCACUGGGGUCCCCUCUACCGCUCCGUCCACAAGAUCCACCACAACUACUCCGCCCCCUUCGGUCUGGCAGCUGAGUACGCCUCGCCCAUCGAAGUCAUGAUUCUCGGUGCCGGAACAGUCCUCGGCCCUGUGCUAUGGUGCGCUAUCACUGGCGACUUGCACGUUCUGACUAUGUACCUCUGGAUCGUCUGCCGUCUUUUCCAGGCUAUCGAUGCGCACUCCGGAUACGAGUUCCCCUGGUCGCUGCACCACUUCUUGCCGUUCUGGGCGGGUGCUGAGCAUCACGAUGUUCAUCACGAGCGCUUCAUUGGCAACUAUGCUAGUUCGUUCCGCUGGUGGGAUUUCGUCCUUGAUACGGAGGCUGGACCGGAGGCGGCGAAGGCAAGACGCGACAGGAAGCUCGCCAAGGAUGCGAAGAAGGCUAAGAAGGCACAGUAAAUGUGUGUAGCCUUAGUGGUGGCAUGGAUAUCGUUACAGUGCCGUUUUGUGAGGCGUGUAGUGGACCAGCCUCUGCCGUGGGGGAGGAUGUGAACCCGAAACGAAGAAUGAGAUAUCUGUAACGACAGACAGACACAGACGGCGUUCAGGCGUGCAGGGCACCGCCGUAGAAAAAGCUCCGCUCCUUUGUUUGGGAGGAGGGGCUGGCGAGAUAUUUGGAUGGAUGAUGGGCCCGUAAUUACGCCACUAUUUCUUGUACAAAAACAGAUGGGAUUUUGUUGGGUCGGAUAGAUGGGAGGCAGAUAUAUGAGCAUUAAUAAUCGUUAAUCAAGUUAAGAAUGUAGUUGUAU